AUGACUAAGGGCGCUGAUACAUCAAUAGCUGUUACUGCUCCCUCAAAGAGCAUAACAUUGAAGGGAGCAUUCAAGUUAUUCAAUAUCAUCUAUGAGGUGAUCACUGACUCAUUGGCACUAAGACGUGUUAUACGUGAGGCGUUGGUUGACGCAUAUGACGAUAAUGUGGUGUAUCUAGAGUUGCGGACUGCACCUCGGCCUUUGACUGACCAACCUACUAGGAGGGACUAUGUUGAUAUAUUGGUAGAGGAGGUAGAUAGAUGGCGGGAUCAAGAGAGUCAGCAUCACAGGAGAAUGGAUAUACGAUUGAUAUUGGGCAUUGAUAGGGCUGGCACUAUCAAAGCGGCUGAAGAGAUAGUGAAGUUGGCUAUCGCAUGGAGGGCUAGACGACCGGACCUGUUCGUGGGGAUGGACGUUGCUGGCAACCCAAUCAAGGGCGAUACGAGGGACUUCAUACCCCUCCUGGAGCGUGCACGAUGUCAUGGACUGAAGAUCACUGCGCACGUGGCUGAAGUGCCUAAUCGCGAUGACGAGACUGAUGCUGUAUUAAGCUUCCAACCUGAUAGGUUGGGCCAUGCUCUAUGGGUCAGUGAGAAGCAGAAGGACACUAUUGUUGAUAAGAAUAUCGGAAUCGAGAUAUGUCCAACAUCAAAUAAAUGCACUCUACAAUUGAAGAGCCUAUCACAGCAUCCCUAUAUGCAGACCUGGUUGAGUAUAGCCCAUAAGUGGUGUAUUCUCAUCAUCCUUGAGUGA